AUGACGAAAGGAAGUAGCAUGACGGCUAUGAAGGAAUGGUUUGAGGGUGGAAGAGUUGCCAUUGCUAUGCUAACGGUACAAGUCAUUAGCGGCGCAUUACAGAUUAUGGCCAGAAUAAUAUUCAAUCAAGGAACCUUUGUUUUUGCUUACUUGUUUUAUCGGCAUGUUGUGGGUGCAGUUUGCAUCGCUCCUCUUGCUCUUCACCGGGAAAGAGACGGUGGUAAGAAGUUGAGCUGGGGCAUUUUCUUGUGGCUCUUCGUGGUUGCACUAACCGGGUUGACCAUGGCGCUGGGACUUUUCUGUUAUGGCAUGUCAGAUACCACUGCGACAUAUGCGACAAACUUUCUUACGCUUGUUCCCGUGGUCACUUUUCUAUUCUCAACAAUUCUGAGAAUGGAAAAGGUUCAGCUGCGUACCAAAGUUGGGAAAAUGAAGAUUUUGGGUACAGCAAUAUGUUUUGGCGGUGCACUAAUCAUGGCUUUGUACAAAGGCAAGGCCUUCUACAUUAUUCACCGCACCCAGAAGCACCAUCGUAUGCUAACAAAAUCUAAGCCUCAAAACUGGACUCUUGGAACCAUAUUCCUAAUUGGCAGCUGCUUGUCUAAUUGUUUCUGGUUUAUAUCACAGGGAACUUUGGCCACAGCUCUAUCCUUUUGCAUGAUUUCUUGGGCUGUAGCAGAACGAGGUCCUACUUAUCCUGCGAUGUUCACCCCACUCCGUCUCAUCUUUGUGGCCAUCGGAGAAACUCUGUUCCUGGACGAAGUAUUAACAGUUGGGGGCUUGCUUGGUAUGUCUCUCAUCAUCAUCGGCUUCUAUUCUUUCCUAUGGGCAAAGAAUAAGGAGAUAAAAGCCAAGACGACAAACGCUGAUGCUGAAGUAGAAAAUAUGCCCGAUGAAUCUGCAACUGCGUAG